GCUUAUCCUGCCCUGCUGCCUCCACCGAAAUUUCUUCUCUUCCAUUCCCAUUCCUACCUCCUCUCGCCGUCCGAUCACAAUUUUCUGAUCAUUUUUCAUUCCUGAGCACUUGCCGUCAAAUCCCCGCAGGAACCUUCGUGCCACGCUCUACCCCUGUACCGCUCACCCCGCCAAAACAAGUACCUGACGGCCGGGGGCAACCUGAUCCAUUUCGGGCGAGGAUGUGGUGAGCCCGAGUCAGGCAUCAGAGAUAGCUGGACUGUGAAUACGUGAGGAAUAACAAAAUCUGCGUGGGGCCGUACGACUGCAUACUCCAAUUCAGUUUCACAAGUAACAACACCCAUUACCUGCGCUACUCAUCCACGCAUAUCAUCGCAAAACGGCCAAAAAUGGCGACGGCAGCAAUGCGCGCAUCGCCUGAUCUGGCGAACGGUAAGCACAAUCCACAGAUGGCCAAAGGAGUUCGCAGAGCCUCGGAGAGCCACAGGCAUAGCACAACUGUCCCAAGUGUGGCCAGUUACGAAGAACCAGAAUAUGCAUCUUCGGCCGCAGAGGGCGCCCAUCCACAGUCCGCACCCAAGGUCUCUUCAGGGCCGAGAGCAUCAGGGCCACCGAGUCGGUCCUUUUCAGCCAGAGCAGCGGCCAAUCUGAAUUAUACCACUCGCAAGCCUGCACCAGUGGUUCCUCCAGGGCUGAACGAAGAAUCUACUACUCCUCGCGGCCUUCCACCUGUAGAGUAUAUCCAUGGCCCUAAUGCAGUCAUACCAGAGAGCGAAGAGGCGCGAGUUGCCCUCGAGGCUCCUGCUGCGCCCAGUGUGCCCUCUCCGCCCAGUCGAUCGAACACCAUGCGCUCGACAAGUGGAACGAGUACCAAACGAGACUGGGCUUCGGACCGAUCGCCAUUACAGAAACUCGAAGUAACCCUGAAUGGAAUCAGCAAGGAGGAGAAACGAGCGCGAGUACAAGAAGCUGAAAUGCGAUUGCGUGAACGCCUUGCUCGACAGAAGAUCGAAAAGGAGCAGGCCGAAGCUGCUGCUGCUGCUGCUGCUGCUGCUGCCAGCACUACCAACGCUCCUCGACCCAAUUCCAAGCAGAGCGCACACUCGGCAGAUCGCGGAACUCCUGCCUCAACUAGGGUAGCUAAGCAGGGAGCUAUCGUGGAUGAAACUGCUCGGCCUGCACCGCCAAUGGCCCGAACACCUGGAGGCACUGCUGUGCGUCACAGCAGAGCCGUCUCAAUGAAUAACCAAUUUCCCGCCACUCGGCGGCCCGAAGAUGCGCAGUACAUCGGUGCUGAAAACGUCAAAUCUCAACCAGCAAAGAUGGGCAGUGUUCCUCGAAGAUCGGUCACAGUGCGCGAAUACGGUGCAAAGGAAGGACCGAACGAGAAACUUAUGCACACCCGCUCGGUGUCUCAGCAAGGACCUCCUAAGAUAACGCAACCUGUUGCUGCUAUAUCCAGUGCGGAAAGACUAGAAACCCCUCCUGCAGCAAAGUCACUAUCCGGUGCAUCCCUGCCGCGGUCAAAACCACGCCAAACCGUAUCGUUCGAUGUACCACCACCAACUCCUCCCCCCAUCUUUGAGUGGAAGAACGCUCCCGUUGCUCGACUUGGAGCCGCUGACUUUGACUUCCAACACCUGGAUAUUGACCGAAGCAAGGCGUGGUGGGAAGGUGGUGCCUCGGCCGAUCGUAGGAAGAGCAGGGCCCUUCCCAAGAACUACCAAACUGCGGCCCAGAAAGUGACAGGAGUCACUGAGCACAAGAACUUCCAGCCCAAGUUGUUCUUAAGAUGCGGCCCCCUCCUUCGAUACACUGGCAUCAGGAAAGAAAAUAUCGAUGGAGCCCAUGGUUAUGUUGAAAAGGAGUUUUGGAGGGGCUCUAUCAUGAUUGUUACGAAAGAUUCCCGCUCUUCUUACGAGGUCCCGCCUACAUUGAGACUGUUCUCUCAACCGAUGGAUCUCUUACCCCCUCCACCUGCCGAGGUCAGUGGUGAGAACGGAGCCCUGGCACCUGAGUAUGUUGAUCCCACUGCAGGCCUUAUGAAAGUUGGCCGUGACGGUCGUCCACUGUAUGUCAAACCAGUGGACCACCUCGAAGAAGAGGUCGAUCUGUCGGCCGUGGAAAAUGAUGAUGGGAUCUAUGAACUAUCUCCCAGCAUGGUUGACUAUAGCCCCGAGGCCUCAAAACAGCCGAUCCCUUCGAACAGGAUUCACCCCAUAGAUGGUGAGACUGCGGGGCUGCACCGAGAUAUUCCCGGUGUGCGUUUGUACGCCGAUGCUGCCAGAGAUGUGACGUUCUGGAGGUUCAGCCUUGAAAUCGAACUCAGCGCAACGCAGCAGCGAAUUGCAUACCGCAUUAACCAAGGACCCGCCUUGGGCUUCUGGGUCCCAGCUAUGGGCAAACCUAUGAACAUCAUGUUUCACAGCGGUAAUGGAUUCGGUCCCAAUGUCGACCCCAACCCCAUGUGCGGACCCGAUCCACUCUGGCGAGAUAUUCUCAAUGAACACCAGACACAACCUUUCCAUGUGAUGAUUGGAGGAGGUGAUCAAAUAUUCAACGACGGUGUUAUCACAGACCUGGGUUUGUUCCAAGAAUGGAUCAAGAUCAAGAAUGCCGCUGUUCGAUACGGUGCACCACUUUCUCCUGAGUUCCGUGCGGAACUGGAGAAGUUCUUCCUUGAACGCUACGCUUCGUGGUUCUCACAGGGACUCUUCUCUUUGGCUAAUUCUCAGAUUCCAAUGGUGAACAUCUGGAAUGAUCACGAGAUAUUUGAGGGAUUCGGCUCUUACCAUGACGGAUUCAUGCGAAGUGCUGUUAUCUCCGGCCUGGGCAGGAUCGCAUUUAAGUAUUACCUCCUGUUCCAGCACCACAGCGUUCCGGAUGAAACAGAAAUGGACGAGCCUAGCUGGCUUCUAGGGGCCAGACCUGGCCCGUACAUUGAGCAGAGGAGUCGUAAUAUGUUCAUGUCACUAGGCAGUGAUGUGGUCUUCUUGGGUCUGGACUGCCGAACUGAACGACAGAGCAACGAGGUUAUCAGCUCAGAAACAUCCGAAUUGAUCUGGGAUAGAUGCCAUCGUGAAAUCGUCAAAGGAAAAACGAAGCAUUUGAUCGUCCUUUCUAGCAUACCCAUUGCAUACCCGCGUGUGGCCAUGCUCAAGAACUAUAUGAACAGCCGCAAGUCGCUCGGCAAAGCCGGUAUGAUUGGUGGUCUCGUUAACCGAUCCGGUGGUAACGUCGAGGUGUAUGAUGACCACUGGGCCGGAAGGCAUCUCAAAUCCGAACGUACCUGGCUGGUCGAAGACUUGCAAGAUCUUGCGGCAGAGAAAUCCGUCCGAGUUACGAUUCUCAGCGGCGAUGUUAAUCUGGCUGCAAUUGGCCAAUUCUACUCUAAUCCCAAAUUGGACAUUGCCAAAGAUCGAGAUUACCGAUACAUGCCGAAUGUGAUUUCCUCUGCCAUUGCCAACGUUCCCGAGACCGAGAUAAUUUCGGACAUGCUCAACAAGCGCAACACAGUCCACCACAUGGACUCGAACACCGACGAAGAUGUCAUUCCCAUCUUCACACAGGAUGUCGACGGCAAGCCCCGGAAUAACAAGCGUCUCCUGCCCCGGCGCAACUGGUGCUCUAUCAGGGAAUACCGUCCGGGCUCUACACCCCUUACUACGCCCGAGUCUAAAAUGACUCCAACCCCCGAACCCCGACCCGGAAAGUUGCAACGCACUUUGUCGCUCGGACGUGGAGACAAAGGUCCCGGAAGUAAACCUGGUGGCCUUUUGCGGCGCCUGUCUACACGAGGCGGACCACCCACCCGAACCAUGAGUAUCGGACGCGAAGGAGGAGCUCGACGAGCCAGCGCCGACGGACCCUUGUCUCGACCCAACGAAAGCGCAGACAGCUACUUCCCUCAGGACUCGCAAGAUCCUCCUCGGCCGGGCCAAUUCCAUCGUCGGCCAACCAACCUCAGUCUGAAGGCUGCCAAAAGGGCAGCCAAAAAACAAGGCGACGACGGUGCCGGGGCUCUCGUCGACCUUGAAGGCGGCCUGGCCAUUACCCUGAACCUGGAGAUCAGCCCGCACGACCCCGCCGGUAUUACCGUGCCCUACAAGCUCCUGGUACCGGUCCUCCGCUAUGAAGGCACCGAGUACGACCCCGAACCUACCCCCGUGAUCAAGGGCUGGCGCAAAUGGUUGCGCAUGCCGCGGCGUAAGAAGAAUGAGGAAGAUCCUGACGGCGCCGACUACGAAGACGAGGAGGGCGAUGAUUACGAAGAUAAUGAUACUAUCCAUAAUACCCGCGCAAAUGCUGCUGCUACACACCCGCACUAUGAUGGAUACCCUGGGAGUGAUGAGGAGGAGGAGGGUGGAACCCCACCGCACCGAGUGCAUCCCGUCGCUAUGGCUGAUGAGUCUCUCGAGGAUGAUGAUGAAGAGGAGGAUUAUGAGGAUGAAGAGCCUAGUCGGCCGCGGAAGAAGUGGUUUGGUGUGCUUUGAUUUGAUUUUGAUUUUUGAUGUAUAUUAUGACGACUUAUGCUGGUGUCAUUUGGGAUGUGUUCCUGGCUUUAAUGAUUAUUUGAUCUGGACGAGUUCGAUGUGGAUCAUUUCUACCUAUUCUCCUUUCUGAGGUAAUCCUAAUUCAUGAUUGACGUUUGUCAGACGGAUGAUGAUCAAUAGGGCCUAACUAGUACACC